CACAACUUUUUUACUCUCUCAUUCUCUCCUAGACCUCUUCUCUCUCAACCCAUGACUGAUUCCGGCAAAAUAUAGAUGCUCCGCUUUUUGCUACAGCUUUGAAUUGGAUGCGUGUUUUAUGGGAAAAAGGUGUGAUCUUUGUGGCACAUUCUUGAAAUGGAAAGUGGGAAGAAGCCAGAAACCCUAGAAGAGGGUUUCUUGGAGUCGAAUUUGAGUCAGGAUGAAUUAUUUUGUAGUGAAGUCCUAGAAGAUGGGAGCCUCGUUGGUUAUUUAAGUGAUUUAAUUAAUGAUAAGUGCGUGGCUGAUGCUUGUGGUAGUCCAAAUGAAUUAAGAAAUCUUGAACUACCAAGGCUAUUCGGUAAUGAUGGGGUUGAUGGUGUUGUUGGAUAUGAUAGGAUGAGUGAAGUGUCCGUGUAUGGUUAUUCUAAUGAACAGAUGUUGGUUCCAUUGCACGGGAAUGAUGUGCGCGAUAAUGAUUUUCCGGUGUUCAAAGAGGAGUUGACAUUUAGUGGGACUGAUGGGGAUCAGAGUGCUAAGGUUGAGGAAUAUGUGGGAAAAUUAGGUGACACUUUACAUUGUGAUGAACGUUUUCGCAAUGGGGAGGUUGAGGCUCCCAUGGAGACGUGUGAUGAUGUGUUGCACCCUCAUGAGCCCGGAUCGCCAACAAAGAUAGAAGUUUCUGGAAACAGCAUUAAUUUGUUUGUGGAAGUUUUUGGUCCCUUGGGUGGAAUUUCUGAUGAUGGUUUGGACCACCCUGUGCAAUACACAUCCGGGGAGAGUGACUUCAAGCACGAUUCCUUGCCCUAUGAAAAUGGCACCCUCUCCAAUGGUAAUAGAUAUUGGAGGUCCAUGUAUGAAAAGGAAGAAGACAUUAUUGGUGAACGUGAACACACGUAUGAUAAUGGUGAUAUUGUAUGGAUUAGAACCAAAACCCAGUCAUGGUGGCCAGGUAUGGUAUGCUAUCCUUCGCCAGCUCCGAGAGAUAUGGCAAAGCUUAGAUGCCUUGUUAAAUACUAUGGCACUUCAAGUAUUGUUUGGUGUGACAAUGCUGAUUUAAGGCCUUUUGUUGAGUACUUUGAACAGAUUUCGGGGCAAAAUAACUCCAGAGUCUUUUUUAAUUCAGUUGAGACGGCUGUAUGUGAGAUUGGGUUCCGUGUGCGGUUGAAGAUGACUUGCCCGUGCUUUGCAAAGGACAGUCAACCACUUGAUUCCCAGUGGUCCGUGAAAACUAAAGAAGAAAAUUUUAUGCCAAAGCAGAAAGCAAGCAUGUUUGAUGAUGUGUCGUUAUCUCAGUUCCAGCCUGCAACAUUUGUUGCAGAAAUCAAGGAUCUUGCCCGAUCCAUAAAUGUACCUGGUAAAAUUGAGUUGAUGGUCAUGAAGAGUCGUUUGUCACCAUUCUAUCGUUCCAUUGGCCAUUUUGAGUUGCCUCUGCAGCUGCUCAGGUCAGAUGUGAAUGAUGAAAACCAUAUGAAUACAUUUGGAGAUGGUGGAAACUCUGUGGAAGCCAAUGGUGGCAAUGUUACUAAAACCAGGACGUAUAGCAAGAAGAAGAAUCCUGAUGAUAAAUUAACGUCCUCAGAUAAAGGCAUGGAAUCGCGGGAAAGGAAGAAGAGCAGAUAUUUAUCUUAUCCAUAUGUGGAUGCGAUCAAGGGAGGGGAAAAAGAGGAUCUGGCGCAAAGUUCUGUCCUAGAGGGUAGUUGCAGUGGCAUGGAUUCACGGAAGAGAGGUACAAACAAACCUUCCAAGGAACGGCAUAUAGUCAGCAAAGCAGAUGACAUUAGUGCUUGUUCUGCCGAAUUGCUAGCUGAACUUUCCUCUUCAGCUCGUGAUUGUUCUUAUAUAAGCAGAAGUAAAUAUUCCGAUUCACUCAAAAGGUUCUACUGUAGUUUCAGAAUGUUUGCCUUUGUAGAUGUUGAUAUUGCCUCCGAGGUUGGUGGGGACCAGCCAGCACUAGUUCUUGAAGCUGACAAGCAGGUGGAAGGAAGUAAAGUGUUUAAAAAAUCGAAGAAACAGAAAGCCAGCACUGCAUCUGCCAAAGAGAGUGUAGAGGAUGCCAUAGAUGGAAAUCAGAAAGCGAAAGAUAUUGUUGUUCGAAAGAGGGGUAGGAAAAAGAAGGAGCAAGUGACAAAUUCUGUAGAACAGAUGACAGGUACUCGAGUUGGGAAAGAAUCUGAGAACCAAGAAGCAAAUCUUGCACCAGGUAGUUUAGAAAAUGCCAACACUGUAUCUGCAAAAGAGAGUGCAGAGAAUGCCGGAAAUCAGAAAGCGAAAGAUAUUGUUGUUCGAAAGAGGGGUAGGAAAAAGAAGGAACAAGUUGUAGAACAGAUGACAGGUAUUCAAGUUGGGAGAGAAUCUGGGAACCAAGAAGUGAAAGAAAAAAGCACACCAGCAGGUUUGCAGUCUGUACAAAAUCCUUUGCCAAACAUUUACCCGAAAAGCCCAUGGAUGAUUAGCUUCCAUCAGGCUUGCUCAAAUCUAUUCAAAAGCAGCAAAACUCCCCAAAAGUGGGUCGGGUCAAAUCCUGGGCUAGCUGAUACAAACUCAAUUCAUAUAUUACCAGAUAUGAAUGGAAUCCAUCCAGGCUUUCCCGUUGUUCAUAUACCGGUUGGAGUGCCUACUUCGAAUGUAGUUACUCCCAUGGAUCAUAUACCGGUUGGAAUACCUACUUCAAAUCUAGCUACUCCUUUACCAGAACAGAAGAUUAAGAUGGAAGGGUUAAUCUCUCCUACCAUAAAUGGUCUUAACCACAUAAACUCUGCCUCAGAUUCAUCAUCCAAGGAUGUGCCACUGACCUUCCAAAACACCUCGGCCAAUAAUGGGGUGAAUGACAUUCAUCAAGGUCUAAAGGGGGACUUUACAGCCCAAGCACCGAAUUCUGUUACAAUGAGCUCAUUUAUUCAGCACUCACUUCAGAUGGGAAGCUUUCUUCUCUCUUCUGGUAAUCCCAAACUUAGGAAACGAAGGAGAAAAGAGAAGACCGCUUGUCAAGUAGCUCCAAGUAUUCCGGAUUUGAAUGGUAAUGUUUUGGAUACAGCCCUCUUAGGAACAGCCACAUCCGAGGGGAGUCAUGUUCCACCUGAUGGUCAAACUCAGAGGAAGAGGCGAAAUAAAAACGAGAGUGGUGAAUUGGAUGGAGGCAGUGUUCUUCUAAACUUUGCCCCAGGAAGCGUGCCUCUCAAAGAAACGCUGGUAGCAACAUUUUCCAGGUUCGGAUUGUUGAAGGAAUCUGAGAUCGAGUUUGCAAGUGAUGAUAGCGUCAAGAUUGUAUAUGAAAGAAGCUCUUAUGCUAGAUUUGCAUUUCGGAGUUUGGAGAAGAGCCACCCAUUUGGAGAAUCACUCCUCAAUUUCAGUCUUGACAGCAGCACGCCAGAUCCCCCAAAGAUGAAGAUUAAAACUAGUCCGCAGCUGCAAACCUUUGUGCCUGUGCAUGUGGGUGCGUGCAAGAACCGAACCACCAAGGUUGGAGAAGCGCCUGACAUCGCUCUCAUAAAGCAGAACGUAGAAAUGAUGAAAUCGACUCUGGAGAAAGCGGGCAGUAAUCUUUCUCCGGAGAUGAGAGAUAAGUUGGAGAAGGAGAUCAGAGGUUUUCUUGAGAAAAUCAGCUCUGUGGCAGGCUCCUCUUAGUAAGUAUGCUAGUUUUGAAUAAUCCUAGUUGUUGUGGCUAUAGCCAUUUCCCAUAGUUUUUGGGGAGGUUGAAAGCAGGGAAGAGGAUUUUUCUGCUGCUAGUAUUUUUUGAACUUGUAGUUUGCUGCUUUUCCCUCUCCACUAUCAAAAAUCAAACUCUGUGAGUUUUGCAGUAAUUAAUUCCAUUGAAAUAUUAGUUGGAUAAAUUCUUGUUCUUGAUGAA